AUGGCAUUGGCUGAUUUAAAUACUGAAAGUUCACGAUAUGUUGAAGAAAUGACCAAAGUAUUUAAUCGAACACAGGAUUUUGAACGUGAACGUCUUAGUUUUUUUAAAGAUAUAUUUAACAGUCUACAUGGUGCUCUUAAUGUUUGUGCGAAAGUUGAUUACGAUUCUAUCUACAGUGAGUUAGCAGAGAGUAUCUCACAAUGUGAUGUUGAAGCAGACUUAAAUUUGUGGUCGUCAAAUCAUGGAGUUGAUAUGCCUUUUGUUUCCCCACAAUUUGAAGAGUAUUCACCAGACCUUGCAUAUAUUACUGGUAAAAAACGUGCUACACUAACUGAUCCCGAUUCUCCUGUCACUUUAACUAAUAUAACAAUGAUAAGUCAUCCAUUUGAUCAUGAGUCUAAUGAAAUAACAUCUAAUAAUUCUAAAAGUAACAAUAAUAAUCAUAAUAAAAAAUCAGAGAACAGUAUCGUUUCAUCAGCUAAUGGUCGAAAUUCUGAUACAAAUAAUCCUUUUGAUGAUAAAGUUUCUACAAAUCGAAAACCAACUAAUGGAGUUAAUGCUAGUGUAUAUGCUAUGAGUUCAAGUUCCGCUGCUGCUUUUGCCGGUGAUGGUGACGGCGGCAUCGAUUCUAUGUACACUGAAGAAAUCAAUGAUGCAACUUAUGAUGAUGGUCGGGAAGGUGUAAAAGUACGUGCACUAUAUGAUUAUGUUGGACAAGAUGGCGAUGAAAUCAGCUUCGUUGCUGGUGACACGUUUGAAAAACUUGAAGAACCUGAUGACCAAGGUUGGUGUAAAGGACGAAAAGAUGGUCGUGUUGGUCUAUAUCCUGCAAACUACGUAGAACCUUGUUCAAAAUAA